AUGGGCAGCAUUCGGGAUGCAAUAGAAGAAAGCUUUCGAUCAGACACGUCGAGUGCUCCUAAAACUGCCCGUUCAGAUGAUGGGAAAUCUUGUCAUUCUGCAACAGUAGACCUAAGUCCACAGAUUUCCGCGAAACCAAGAUCACAUCAGAUAGUGGACGAAGAAAUGAAGGAGACUAGUGAUGAUGUGGGAAAAGCAGAGUCGAUUGCUGAAAAACACAGGCGUCUUUUUAAGAAGAAUCCCCAGCAUUUGAUACUGGCUCUCUUCUUGUUUGUAGUUCUGACUUCAAGUGGUGCAUCUCUGGCUAGUGUCUUCGCAAGUUCCAUAUUGGAUCAUGAACAACAGGAAGCUUUGUUAUUGGCAUCCAAAACUGGUGGCUUCUUUUCUAAGAAUCUUGACCAAGCCAUUCUGCCCUUGUUCUCGCUGGCACAAUUUGCCAAUGAACUUGACGCUUUCAAAGACUUGCCUACCAUGAUACAGAACGUUCCUUUUUUGCCAAACAAGCUUGAUCAAGGUGUCCCCACGCAUCGGAAUGUUACUGGUGUCUGUGAUGAUGCGUUGAUAGUGGAAAAAUUUGAAAAAAUUGCAGGCGACAUUAAACACAAUGCCAAGAUGGACGGCAUUUUGGUGAAUCUGCAGUUGGUUCCAGACGCUGUGGUCUGUUUGUCUCACCCCCUCAUCAACACAGAGGACUUUCCUCCAGGAGUCAUCAUGGAUAAUUCAGGAGUCAUUGGACACGAUUUGUUGAAUGAUCCAGCUCGCAAGUUCAUCGCCAGAGCAACAGUCCCGUCUGAAGAUGUGGUCGUCGCAGGACCGCUAUCACUGCGGCAAUGUCAGGACUGCGAUCCGGUGGUAGAGAAAGCGUUUAUUGCGAGGUUGCCAAUUGUAUCAGAGACGAAUAUCAUCACAGUGGAUGGUGUUGGCUACAACCGAUGGGGGUUUGCUGUGGCCAUUAUCAACUGGGAAGAGUUAGUUCUUCGAAGUGAUUUGUAUGAAGCGUUUGAAAAUGAAGGAAUGGAAUUCCAAUUGACACGAACCGAUCGGACUUACAACCCAGAAAAAAGUAAUUUUACCGAAAAUGUUGUGAUAUUGGCCGAGUCGCCAAGUUUCUUAAAUUCCAAAGGAAGGCAGGUCACUGCAGCACUGCCAACGACCAAUAAUGAAUGGGAAAUCACAGUCACAUAUUGCAUCGAUGGGUGCAUCAAUUGGUUCCCGGGGGUCAUAGCCGCCACCUUAGUCUUCAGUCUUUGCAUUGCUGUCUUAGUAUACGUCAUUUUUUCACAACAACAACUGCACAGCGAUGUCCUUGCUGAGAAACAAGAGCAACUUGUACUGAAUUCCAAGAAAGCUGCACAGAAAGAGCGAGAGCUGAAUGAUUUCAUUGCCCAUGAGGUCCGCAAUCCACUAUCGGCCGCCUUGUCUGCAGCCAGUUUUGUGUCGACUUCUGUUAAUGAAAAGGAACCAUUGCUAACAGAGGAUUCGAGGAAGGCGGUCCGUGAAGAUGUUCAGAUCAUUGAGUCGUCCUUGAAGUUCAUCAAUGAUCUGUUGCGAUCCAUGUUGGAUUUGCAUCGGGCGAAAAGCAAUCAGUUGACUUUGGAGCAAUCUCCAACGGAUAUCAAAAGUGACGUUCUGGAUCCAGCUGCAUCCAUGCUGUAUCAAAGAGAUGCCAUGUUUUCGGUCGAAGUGCAUUGCCCUGAAAACUUGAUUGUGAUGGUGGAUGAUCUCCGACUGAAACAAGUUGUUUUGAACCUUGCUCGAAACUCUUGCAAAUUUGUUGACAAAGGAUAUGUGCGCCUGAGGGCAGGUUAUACCACAGAUGGGCUACUCAUCAAUAUUGAAGAUUCAGGGCCGGGAAUUCCCCUAGAAAAGAGGUCGCAGCUAUUUGACCAGUUUCAAGAGAGUCUGGACUCACUGUCACAGGGAACUGGCAUCGGGCUAUCGCUAUGCAAGAAAUUGGUAAACCUUAUGGGAGGCACUAUCAAACUUGACCAAUCCUUUGAUAGUGGUGUGGAAGGAAUGCCUGGUGCCAAGCUAGAUGUCUUUGUCCCUUGCGAUCGCAUUUCGGUUAAUACAUUGUCAACACGUGUCAAAGAAUUGGACACACAGACAUCAUUGCUCGAAACUUCUGAAUGCACUGAUGAGAGCAGAAUCGAGGGCACCCUUCCUGAAGAAUUCCGUGCUCUCUUUGUCGACGAUGACAUGGUUCUACGAAAAUUAUUCACGCGGUCACUGAAACGAAUUCGUCCCAAAUGGAAGGUGAUGGAAGCGUCGAGUGGAGAAUCAGCAUUGAAGCUUAUAGAAACAGAGAGUUUUGACGUCAUCUUUUUGGAUCAGUACAUGACAAGUGUCGAGAAACAAUUGCUGGGAAGUGAAGUGGCACGGAAACUUCGAUCAUUAGGUGUGGAAUCUCUCAUUUGUGGCCUGUCUGCAAACGACAUGGAGGAAGCUUUCAUCUCGGCAGGCGCAGAUGCAUUUAUGAUGAAACCGUUUCCAUGUAAGCCCGAUGCACUUACCCAGGAGCUGCUGCGAGUCUUUAGUGUGAGGGACUCCAAAGAUUAUAUGUGCUCGCUGCACACCACUGAUAUUUGA